AUGCUUAUUGAUUUUGAUUGGUGUGGGAAGCAUGAUAUGGAUAAGUACCCACCAUCAAUGAAUAAAAAUUUAUCAUGGCCUCCUGGAGCGGAACCUUGUGCCUUACUCAAAAAAGAGCAUGACAUUCAUUGGCUUAAUUUGUUGCGAGAUAAGUUCAAGUCAUAUAUGCCACCUAAAGGUUAUAGAUUUUUGCAUAACAUUUUAUAUUUUGAUAUUUUAGUAAAGAAUAAAUAA